AUGAAGAGCGUCCUUCUCCUUUCUUUGGCCGCCUGUGCCGUCGCGGCGCCCACAGCCAGCGUCGAGACCAUCCACGACGGCGCUGCCCCGAUCCUGUCAUCUUCCAACGCCGAGGCAAUUCCCAACGCCUACAUUAUCAAGUUCAAGAAGCAUGUCGACCACAAGUCUGCUGCAGACCACCAUAUGUGGAUCCAGAAGGUUCACGGUGAACGUGAAGACGAGAGGAUUGAGCUUCGCAAGAGGGGUCUUUUCGACUCUGUGAACGAAGCCUUCACUGGCCUCAAGCACACCUACAACGUCGGCAGCGGCUUCCUCGGCUAUGCCGGUCACUUUGACGAGGAGACAAUUGAGAAGGUCCGGAGGCAUCCUGAUGUUGAGGCCAUUGAGCGCGACACCAUCGUCCACACCAUGAGAUAUGAGGAGGUCAAGAAGGACGACUGCAGCCCUGACAUUGAGAAGGGUGCCCCUUGGGGUCUGUCGCGUGUCUCGCACCGCGAUUCGCUUUCCUUCUCGACUUACAACAAGUACCUCUACUCUGCCGAGGGUGGUGAGGGUGUUGAUGCUUACGUUAUCGACACUGGCACCAACAUCGACCACGUUGACUUUGAGGGCCGCGCCCACUGGGGCAAGACCAUCCCUGCCAACGACGAGGAUGUUGACGGCAACGGUCACGGCACUCACUGCUCUGGCACCGUCGCCGGCAAGAAGUACGGUGUCGCCAAGAAGGCUCAGGUCUACGCUGUCAAGGUCCUCAAGUCCAACGGCUCUGGUACCAUGUCGGACGUCAUUGCUGGAGUCGACUUUGCCGCUAAGAGCCACAAGGCUCAGGUCAGCGCCGCCAAGGAUGGCAAGCGCAAGGGCUUCAAGGGCUCCGUUGCCAACAUGUCUCUGGGUGGUGGCAAGACCACGCUGCUUGACGCUGCCGUCAACGCUGCCGUCGAUGCUGGUAUCCACUUCGCCGUCGCUGCCGGUAACGACAACGCCGACGCAUGCAACUACUCUCCCGCCGCUGCCGCCAAGGCCGUCACCGUUGGUGCUUCGGCUCUUGAUGACAGCCGUGCCUACUUCUCCAACUGGGGCAAGUGCACUGACAUCUUUGCCCCCGGCCUGAACAUCCAGUCCACCUGGAUCGGCAGCAAGACCGCCAUCAACACCAUUUCUGGCACCUCGAUGGCUUCCCCCCACAUUGCUGGUCUCCUGGCCUACUACCUGUCCCUCCAGCCCGCUUCCGACUCGGAGUACUCGCUUGCCACCAUCACCCCUGAGAAGCUCAAGGCCGACCUCAUCAAGGUUGCCACCGUCGGAAUUCUCUCCGACAUUCCCAAGGACACCCCCAACUUGCUUGCCUGGAAUGGCGGCGGUUGCAGCAACUACUCGGCCAUCGUUAGCAAGGGCGGCUACAAGGCCAAGGCCCAGGCUGACAAGUCAAGCUCUCUUCUCGACUCGGUCUCCGAGCUUGAGAAGGCUAUCGAGCAUGACUUUCGCGUCAUCUCUGGCAAGGUCGUGAAGGAGGCUUCCUCCAUGACCGGCAAGGCUGAAAAGCUGUCGGAGAAGAUCCACCAGGCUGUUGAUGAGGAGAUUAAGCACUUCUUCAGCGAGGCUCGCGUGUAA